CCCAUGGGCGGAGCGGUCCCACAACAGAUGUGAGCCAUGUCUUUCCUUGAUCGGAAUAAGAAGCACAUGGCCAUCCCCACCCUGGUUUGUUGCGCACAGGUUACUGCUGGAAUGCAUGAUCAGAGUGAGACGGAGCAGAGGCCAGCUUCUGAACCGGGUCCAUCCAAGUCAAAUAUGGACAGUCCAUCUUCGAGGUUAUCCCCGCCGCCUGUGUCCGCCUCGCCGUUGCGCGAAGAAUCCGGUGCAUCUCGCACUCGCGUCGUACUCGAACCACAUGAUGAAGAAGCUUGUCUACGCGUACUUCUACGUCCAGCACGGAUAGACAGUGUCGAUGACUGGGCUAUCCCUCCUAGGCCGGAGGGAGAACCUGAUCCAGCUCUCGUUGCCAAGCUCGCCAGAUUUCAUGCGCUCAAACGCACCGGAAAACACUUCAAUGACACUCUUAUGUCGAACAAGGCGUUUCGGAAUCCUCAUAUUUACGAGAAACUCGUCAACUUUGUGGAUGUCGACGAGAAGGGAUCAAACUUUCCGAAGGACGUGUGGGACCCGCUUGAUUUCAGGCCUGAAUGGAGAGCAGAGGCCUUAGCGGAAGAGCAGAAAAGACGGUCCGAAGCAAUUGAAGCUUCGCAAGCACGCGGCAAACGGAGCGAGAUUAAAUUCGCGUCAUCUAAAUCUGGGGAGAAACCACGGCAUCGAGAACAUCGAGAGCGUGACCGCGACAGGGAGAGGGAACCCAGGGAGAGGCACGAGCCGUACCCUUCCUAUAGCAGGGACAGGGAGAGAGAUGAGAAAUGGAGUCGGUGGGAUAUGGGCGGACCAUCGAGAGAAAGGGACAACAGAGAGAACGGAGGGAGAUGA